GCUACGUCAACAGCUCAAGAGAAGUGAGAGGAGAUUUUGCCAGGCAUAAACUCUUCACAUGGGUUGAUGAAGACAAGGUUUUUAGCCGUCCAACAUAUAAAGCAUUUCAUGCUCUGCUUGACAACUAUGAGAUGGAAAUUGGAGAGGAGGAGGUGGUGACCUGGGCAGAGAAGCAAGAGAAUUAUACUUUCCUAGAUGCGAUCAUGGAAACUAAAGUCAUGCAGGAAGCUCACAAGUUUUUGGUGUCGAAGAACGCUGCUCCGGCAGAUGAGGACAAGUUUAAGGACAUGCUUCAUGACAUUUGGUUCAAGCUCUUCAGGAGAAAGGGGGCCAGGGGUAAUGAUUCAUCAAGCUUUGAGCAUGUCUUUGUUGGUGAGGGCCGUGGCACAGAAAUGAUUGGCUUGCACAACUGGAUUCAGUUCUACCUACAAGAGAAAGCAGGCAACAUCAAUUACCAUGGAUACUUCCGCAGACAGACAGUGCAAGAUGACGACAUAGUCCGGCUAAUGGCUGUGCAGUUCACAUGGAAGGGUAUUAAAGCCAAACCAAUGUGUAGUGUGUUUAUUGGCACGAGUCCCGAGUUUGAAGUUGCUGCCUACACCAUAUGCCUUCUGCUGGACAGAGAUGGGAAAAUUGAUGUUAAGUUGGGGGAGUAUGAGGUGGAAGUUGCAGUGCACAGUUUUGGCUUUCAGCGCAAGCUAGGAACAGCGUACAUAUCUGCUGCACGUAUGGAGCAGUACGCUAAUAAGAACAGCAAAUGGUAG